AGGUUCGGUUUCGGUAAGAUUUUCGAGUUUUAUUCUUCUCAUCGUAAAUUAUCAUUAGAAAUGAUGUACCGUAUGAAGAAAAUAAUCACUUACGAUGAAGAAAUACCACUACCAAAGUGCAUGUAUAUGAUUAAACCCAUAAACGACCCGAUCGACAGUCUCAACCAAGACGAAGAAAUCAAUAUCAGCCAGCAGGUUAUCAAGUUUCUUCAGGCUCCUAACAAAGAAAUGGCUGAGUUAGUAACACGUCAGGAUCAGCUUCUCCUAAAAUUAGACCUUCUCUACGAAAAAAUAAAGGCUAUAAGUUCUUCAUGUAAAGCGUCUUCCUGCCAGCAAAUCAAAUCGAAGCAAUUAAAACCUGAUAUAACACCUGAUGAAGUUGUACUUACUGCAAAUGCGGAGAACCUUCCAUGGUACAUUCAUAUAAUAUUGAAGAAGAUCUCUGCGUCAGUCAAGAUUUAUUGGCACAUCCACUCAUCUGUACCUACUCAGAAAGUGCCCAAAAUCAAGUCAUUUGUUCAAACAUUACAAUCUGCUUCAAAUAACUCUGGACCAGUUGUAAGACUGAUAUUUGUAAAUGAUUCAGCAGACCCAGAAUUAAAAUUAUCAUCAUUAUCUCUGCCCAUAGUUGGCAAUGUAAACAUAUUGAGGUAUCUAUCACUGGUCUUUCCGAAUGAAAUACCAUAUGACAAUGAAGACUUCACUGCUGAUGCUUUACUGGACAUCUGCCACAGUCAGUUGGAAAGAGCAAGUGAGAAGAACAAAGAAACUGUAGUGAAGAAGCUGUUUGCUGAGUAUGAUGGGUGGGUUUACAGCAAACAGUUUACUAUUGUUGACUUGGCAGCAUUCAAUGUAAUCAAACAAUGGAGGAACUGCCCAAAGUAUGUACCAAAAGAAUGGUUUGAUAAAAUGAGCCAAUUGUAAUACAGUUUUUUUUAACUA